CACACACGGAGGAGUUGGCGCGCACGCGCACAGACGCGCGCGUGCACGCUGCGAGCGGGCGGGAUGCUGCGCGUGUCCCCAGCCCACUCACGCGUGAAGAUGGAGGAGCAGGACAGCGCGGAGUGGGGAGGAUUUUACGCGAACCACGCCGAGGCCUACCCAACCAUCGGAAGCAUGGGGGCCAUGACGUCCUUCAACUCCUACAUGGCCAUGAACACCGCCGCUGGACUGGUCACCCCUCCGCCCUGCUACGGCGGGGGUCCAUCCGGAGUCUCGCACGGGGGUCCCGGCGUCUUCACGACGGGCGGUCCCCCGCAGAGUCUCAGAAGCCCCAGCCCCCUCGGCUUGGGGGUGCAGGGCUCUCCUCCCGGCGGCUCGUUGGGAGGGCUGCAGGCCGGCCACUACUCGGCCAUCAAGAACGGGGGGCCCUACGGCCUCCACGGCGGUGGCCUCGGCGGCCUCGGCGGCGGCGGCGGCGGCGCUCUGGCAAUUCGGGCCUCCCGCGAAUCCAAGCCGCCUUACAGGAGCAGCUACGCGCACGCCAAGCCCCCGUACUCGUACAUCUCGCUCAUCACCAUGGCCAUCCAGCAGUCGAGCGGCAAGAUGCUCACGCUGUGCGAGAUCUACCAGUGGAUCACCGACCUGUUCCCCUUCUACCGGCAGAACCAGCAGCGCUGGCAGAACUCCAUCCGCCACUCGCUCUCCUUCAACGACUGCUUCGUCAAGGUGCCGCGCUCGCCCGACAAGCCGGGCAAGGGCUCCUUCUGGGCCCUCCACCCGGACUCGGGGAACAUGUUCGAGAACGGCUGCUACCUGCGGCGGCAGAAGCGGUUCAAGUGCCACAAGAAAGCCCCGGGCAACGGUCUCGCCGGCGCUGCGGCCGCGACGAAGGGCGAGAGGAGGCAGCACGCGGCGAGGGAUGAGCGCCGGGAACGGGAGGGGCAGGAGGAGCAGGAGGAGCAGGAGGAGGAGGAGGGAGGUGCCUUGGCCGUGACCGUGGCGAGGCGCGCGGACGUCAAAGGAUCGACGCAGUCGUCGGCGGCGUCGUCGGCGUCGUCGGCGUCGUCGUCAGCGACUUACCGCAACGCGCUCGCGUCUGCUUUGUCGGAACAGCAGCUGUGCAUGAAUGGAGGCGACAGGUCCAAUCAUCACCACCACCACCACCAGCAGUUGCAGCAGCAGCAGCAGCAGGAUGCAGCGCAUCACGGCCAUCACAACCACCACGGUCACCACCACAACCACAAUCACCACCACCACCAUCACAACCAUCAUCACCCCGCCCUGCAAAACCAAGACGCGCUCAAAAUCGACCCGCGCUGCAACUUCACCCACCCAUUCUCCAUCCACAGCCUCAUGUCUGCGGCUGAGCAGCAGCAGCAUCAUCAACAGCAUCAUCAUCAUCAUCAGCAGCAUCAUCAUCAGCAGCAGCGACAGCACCAUCAGCAUGAGCACAUCGAUAACCCUCGCUACUCGGCGUUCGGAGCGUUGGCCGCGUGCAGCUCUGUCGAGGGGACGCACGCCAAGGAUCCCGUCUCACCGCUGAGCGCCAACGAAGCCACCUACUACUGCUCACAGGGCCUCUAUCAGCGAGCCACCAUCCUGCACUCGUCAUAACGAGACUCUACAACCUCCUCCUCCUCCUCCUCUACACCCCCGCUGCUGUCACCCCGCCACCCCCCCCCACCCUUCCUCUCAGCUGCCUAAGCAGCAGUGGAAACGCAAUCACGAGGGGGUGAUGCUCAUUGCAUUCCGAACGGGCCGCGGAGUUGGCCACCAGGGUGGGUUGGUGGCGGUGUUGCCGGAGACGGGAGCCUCCGUCACUCGAGGCAGCUCCAACCGAAGAGCCCCCCCCCCCACCCACCCCCCACCCCAGCAGAGAGUGUGCGUGUUUGUUUGUUGCGCGUCGGACGGACGCACGGGGCGGACCUCUCGGAGUUUACCCGCGCGACGUUUCACGCCGACGCAGCGUGACGGGACGGUCGCCUUCACAGGCGUGCGGGCGUUGACGCAAUUUGAUGCCGCUGGGUGGACGUGGAGGCGAGGGCAAGAGCGAGGGGG